CCUGCCCAGAAUGAAAUGUCGGGGAGAAAAAGGAACAGAAAUGAAAACCAAAACUCACGCCCUGGCAGACCCCCCAAGCGUUCCCUAGGAGUUGCCAUACAAGAAAAUGCACGUCUCCUGCCCCACGGAGUUCCAGGCCUCUUAUCACCAGGACUUAUCUCUCCGACAGGUCUGACAGCGGCUGCCAUGGCAGAGGCCAUGAAGCUGCAGAAAAUGAAACUCAUGGCAAUGAACAGCCUCCAUGGAAGUGGGAGUCAGAAUGGAACCGAGUCAGAGAACGAAGAGCUCAAUUCUAAUGCAGGUGGGAGUGAAUCCUCCUGGGAUAAAGAGAAGCUCCAGUCUCCCAUUACGACGGGAUCCCAGCACAGCAUUGGCCAUCCCACACUGUCAGGGCAGUCGAGCCUUGGAAGUGCACACCCGCUCAGUCCUCUCCAGCAGAACCACCUGCUCACCAACAGGAUAGACCUGCCGUUCAUGAUGAUGCCGCACCCCCUGCUCCCCGUCAGCCUCCCCCCCGCCUCCGUGGCCAUGGCCAUGAACCAGAUGAACCACCUCAACACCAUUGCCAACAUGGCAGCAGCUGCACAGAUGCACAGUCCCCUCUCCAGGGCAGGGGCCUCUGUCAUAAAGGAAAGGAUCCAGGACAGCCCCUCUCCAGCCCCGUCCCUGGAGGACAGCCAGCGCCCCGGGAGCCACCCGUCCUCCCACCAGAGCAGCAGCGUGUCCAGCUCCCCGUCCCAGCUGGACAACACCCCCGACAGAAUUGCUAUGCUGACCAACAACAGGGAAGGAGAACUCAUUGACCAAGAAACUGGGACCAGCCUAAAAAAAGUACAAAAGGAGAAAGAAGAGGUCCAAAUUGCCAUUCCAAUAAUGAAACCAACCUUAGAUAAAGUCCAACUGGCUGGACAGGCCUUGCCUCCUGGAUUUCCGGCGCCAUUUCUUUUUGCUGAUGGUCUUUCAUCAGUAGAAACACUAUUAACCAACAUUCAGGGCUUACUCAAAGUGGCUGUGGACAAUGCCAGAGUCCAGGAAAAGCAGAUACAGCAGGAAAAGAAAGAGUUAAAGAUGGAGCUUUGUAGAGAGCGAGAACUACGAGAGAGCUUGGAAAGGCAACUCACAGCUGAGCUGCAAAGCAGAGCAACAAUUCAGAAACGCUUGAAGAAAGAAAAGAAGGCAAAGAGAAAAUUGCAAGAAGCUUUGGAAUUUGAGUCUAAGAGGAGAGAACAAGUGGAACAGGCGCUUAAACAGGCCACAUCAGGUGACGGUCUCAGGAUGUUAAAUGAUGCUGGAAUCCCAGAUAUGGAAAUAGAACACAACGGAACCCAACAUGACAGUGCAGCAAUGCAAGAAAACAGAACAUACAUCAAACCGACCAUCAUGUACUGAAGGAACCACCUACUGUUGAAAAAUGUAUAAUGACCACUAUCUGAAGACUAUAUAGUUCCUGAGAAAUGUCCCUUCCAACCUUUGAUGCCUUCAGUACUGUGUGAGGAACAGGAUUUGUAGCAUGAAACUUGAAGGACAAUUCCAAGCAAUUUACUGUUGCUGCAUUGAAAAACUGCCGUAUUAAGACAUCCUGAGACUUUUUACAAGCUUACCAUACCAAACCAAGCCUGUUACAACAGAUCAUUUUUAGGUCCCCGGAGAUAGAAAGGAGUUUUAGUAUUUUUAAGCACAUACAGGAAUUAUUCCCCCUCCCCAGCCCAUCCCAAAAAGAACUUUUUUUUUUUUUUCCUUAGGAGGUGGCUAUUACUGGAUAGCAAAGGCACAAUGAUUUUAAGCCACACCGGUCCUGCACUGGCUGUACAUCAAACAAGUCCAGUUUAUCACUGAAACUGUUCAACAUGGAGCUGUUUCGAUUGUGUUUAUAAAUUAAGCUUUGUUUACUGAAGCAGAUACUCGAUAUAUAUUACGUUUUAAAAAGAAAUGUGUGUACAUUUUUUAAAAGAACGAUGUAAAAAUUGUCCUUUCAUUAGAUGACCAAUUCAAAAGUGUGAGCUAAACCCUAAUAGCUGACGUAAUAUGAGGAUUAUAAUUGAUGCUUUUUUUUUUUAAUGCUCAGUUCAGCUUGGCUUUUGGUCUUUUAAGAUGGAAAAAUGAAUAUGCAGUAGAGUGUUAGAUAAUGGAAACUUUUAAGUAUGGUUUCUCUGUUGUACCAUAUUAAGUUAAAGUACACAUUCUUUGUUAAAAAUGUUCUUGCUAAAAAUACAGUAUUAAAAAGUUUUUUGUUUGACUUUGGAAA